GGAGAUAACAUCUUGCCAUCAACUUGCUGUCGAAGGAUGAGUUUAUCUCUCGACACUCAUCUGACGAAUGAGCCACAGCAACUGAGCCUCACUGCUUUAUAUUAACAACAGCACUCAUUUAUUUAAGUGGCAAGGUGUGUACAGUAGCCGUGUUCACCUUGAGGCUGCUGUUUGCACACUUCGGGGCGCGGGUUCACAUUCUAGGCAGUGACUCGUGAUGUCAGUGACGACAAUGCAAAUAUUUUAAAUAUUUUACUUCCUUCUUCACCGUCGCUAUAAGAGAGAGGUCCUGGUCCAGGGUCUCUCUGAACCACACAGCGAGCGAUCCCAGCAACGCCUUGGGUCAUGGCGAGCGCGACUCCCAGUGAGAGUGUGGAUAGUGAGCUGCGCUGCUCCAUAUGCCUGGACACGUUCGUCUGCCCCUCCACGCUGAGCUGUGGACACUCGUUCUGCCUGCGGUGCCUGGAUGACGCCUGGGAGACGGCGAGCAGCUUCAGCUGCCCGCAGUGCCGAGCGACUUUCCCUGUGCGACCCCAGCUGAGGAGGAACGUGGCCCUCGCCAACCUGGCGGAGCAGCUCAGAGUUGGGGACGGGAUGGCCACGGCUGUCGUGUGUGACAUCUGCGGUGACGGCCAAACUCCUGCAGUGAAGACCUGCCUGAGAUGUGAGAUGUACUUCUGUGCAACGCACUUGAGGCCUCAUGUAGAGAAUCCCAGGUUGAGAGACCACGCCAUGGUGGAUCCCAUCGCGAACUUGGAGGGGCGACGGUGCCAGCAGCACAGACAGGAGCAGAUCAAGUUCUACUGUGAACAAGAUGAGAGCCUGGUCUGCACUGUCUGCACCAUCGCUGGAGGACAUAGAGGGCAUGAGGUCAUUCCAGUGGAAAAUGCACAACGGACAAAACAGGAGGCGUUCAGACUCGAGAAGACGGAGAGAGAGGAGAAGAAGACUAUGACAGAAUCACGGACACAGCAGCUCAAGGGUGCCUACAAACACGUGCAGGAGUCUCUGCGUGGGAACAAGGCGCGGAUCAUCCGAGAGUUUGAGCGCCGGAGGGAGCAGCUGAGAGAGGAGGAGAGGGAGGCGCUGGAGCGCGUGGACGAGGAGGGCCGCUCCGUGCUGUCCCGCAUCCAGGCGGACAUCGCUCGCUACGAGAGCAGAGCACGCGGCCUGGAGCGGGAGAUCAACCAGCUGCUCGCUGCCCUCACCGUGCAGGACCCGCUCACCUUCCUGCAGGUGGCACCACCUCCAUUCACUCGCCGUGGUGGCUAGGAGAUGUUAACUACCUCGCCUGGUAUGCAGGAGGUCGUGGGUUCGAUAACAACCCUGACGUCUGCUGUAUAUUCGGAGUUUGCAUAUCUCUCUUUCCUCGUGCAUGCGUGUAUUUUUUUCAGUUUCUCCACUUUUCCCCUCCAAAUUUAGAAUCAAC